UGCCUUCCCCCUAUUCCUUUGCCCUCGGCCGGGUCCCGGGGCCCGACGGAGGGACUGACGGAGCGAGCCCGAGGCGGGAGGCUGGGGGUCGGAGCUGGCGGAGCCUUCGGAGCCGGGAGGAGGAGGAGGAAGAGCAGGGGGGCGCAGCAGCGGGGGUCCGAGCAGCUGCCCCCGAGGCGGCCGGGUGCAGGUGCAGCCAGAGGAAUGUCUUGCUACCUCAGAUCACGAAGUUGCCCGGACCCGGGUCCUCUCUAUGUCAGGGAAAAUGGCCGCCUGCACAUGGUAAGCCUUGCCCUCGAUGGCGUCACGAGCGGUCUGCGGGAGCCAAGGCCUUUGAGGUUGUUUCCCAAAGGUUUCUCCGUGGAGCUCUGCAUGAACCGGGAAGACGACGCAGCCCGGAAGGAGAAGACGGACCACUUCAUCUUCACCUACACCAGGGAGGGGAACCUGCGGUACUCAGCCAAGUCUCUCUUCAGCCUCGUGCUGGGCUUCAUCUCCGACAACGUUGACCACAUCGACUCCCUCAUCGGCUUCCCCGAGCAGAUCGCCGAGAAGCUCUUCUGUGCCGCGGAAGCCAGGCACAAGUUCACGGAGCCGGGUGCGGGGCUGCGCGCCUUGCAGAAGUUUACGGAGGCCUACGGGCGUCUGGUGCUCUGCUCGCUCUGUCUUCGGAACAGGUAUCUGGUGAUUUCGGAAAAGCUCGAAGAGAUCAAGUCUUUCCGGGAGCUGACCUGCCUGGAUCUUUCUUGCUGUAAGCUUGGGGACGAGCAUGAGCUCCUGGAGCAUCUCACCAACGAGGCCCUGUCCAGCGUGACCCAGCUCCGCCUGAAGGACAAUUGCCUCUCCGAUGCCGGGGUGCGGAGAAUGACGGCUCCCGUUCGGGUGAUGAGAAGAGGACUGGAAAACCUGGCCUUACUCGACCUGUCCUGUAAUCCGGAGAUCACCGAUGCAGGAAUCGGCUACCUCUUCUCUUUCAGAAAACUGAACUGUCUGGAUAUCUCUGGGACCGGCCUUCAGGACGUGAAGGCCGUCAUGCACAAGCUUCAGACUCACAUUGGCCUCGUUCACUCCAAAGUGCCUUUGAAGGAAUUCGACCACAGCGGCUGUAAGACGGAGGGCUGGGCAGACCAGAUUGUCCUGCAGUGGGAGCGCGUGAUCUCUGGAGCUGUCGCAGGCCAGGACAAGCCCCGGACGGCGGCGUCGCGUUUCUAUGGAAAGCGGCCUCGGACGGAAGCCCCUUCCAAGUGUCCCUUAGCAGAUACAAACUCUGGUGAGAAACUGCAGUUCUACAAAGAGAAGGCCGUGGCGGAAUGCCACGGGCCGUCGUUGAAACGGGAGGCGGCCACGAGCCAGGAACUCAAGAGCGCCAAGAAGAGAGUGCGGGAGGAGCCCGAGAAGGAAGCACCGAGCUCACCGUCCUCCAGGCAGAAGUAUGUCUGCCUCACCGUGGAGGACUGGAACUUGCUUAAUUCUUACUGAUGGGCGGGGGGGGGGGUGGCCUCUGGCCCCAGCUGUGCCACGGAGCGCCAGGGGCCGGGCGACGUUGGGCUUUGGGUUUGGGAUUGGGUCGCGGCCUGGUCAAGCCAGCCAAGGUGGCGGGGCGCUCGCAUCCGGAGUGGGAGGAGGCCAGCGUUUCUACUGUAUAUUUUCAAUACAUAGUAAUUUUUCAAAUAAACCUUUUUGCUGUUGUUA